ACUAAACUGGACCUGCGGUUCAGCCUGGCCCUGUGUGACAAGGAGAAGCUGUUCAGACAGGCCCGCAGAGAGAAGGUGACGUUGGGCAUCAAGAAGCUGCUAGACAUGGAGAAGCCUCGCUUCCUCCCCAGCACCCCUCAGGAGGUGGGCAUGCCCGAGUACUGUGGGCCCAGGCUCCGAGAGCGGCCUCCUUCCAGCCACAGUGUUAUUUUUUAAAUAAUUUAGAAAUGUUGCAGUGUUUUUGCAAAUGUAGUGUUUUACCUCAUGUAUUAGGAUGCAUUGAAUGGUAACCACUCCAAAAUGGCAUGGCAAUAUAAUAGACAUGGGCUAAAUAAAACAUGUAUUGCCAUAGAAAAAGGGCUUACCCUGCAGUAUUGCUUAGCAUAGUGGUCAAGUUCAUAGACAAGAGCUGAUGUUAGCAAACAACACCUUUUUUUAUAUGCAAGAUCACAUGCUGUAUAUACACAUGCACCACAUUGACACGUUUAGACCUAUUAGUAUUCCAACAUGUGAUCGCUUUAUAGCCGCUAACUUCCUCUCAGACUGAGAGCUCACAGGGCCUGUUCAGCUUCUGAGUUCUGCAUUCCUCCACUGGUUGGACUGGGCUGUGUUUCUGUGACUGGUUUUGGCCUUGUGUCCCUGGUUGUAGUGUGUACCCUGACCUCUGGCCAGCUAGGCCCUCCCUGCCUGCCUGUGUCCUCACAUGGUCCGGAAGCUGCCAGCAAUGAUGAGAUAAUAAUCCACCACAUAACAGUACUGCUGCAGAGCUGCCACACUGCGUUCCCACUGGGGCUAGUAAAUACUACUGUCUAGAACAGGGGAGCCCAUUCAAUCUGGCAUGCGGGAGUUUUGAGGGAAAAAACAAAGUUAAAAAACACUCCAGGCUCUUGAACAUCUAAAACUAUGUGUACUGAACAAAAAUAUAAAUGCAACAUGCAACAAUUUCAACGAUUUUACUGUGUUACAGUUCAUAUAAGGAAAUCAGUCAAUUGAAAUUAAUUAAUUAGGCCCUAAUCUAUGGAUUUCACAUGAGGGCCACCCACUGGGGAGCCAGGCCCAGCCAAUCAGACUGACGGAGGGAGGUAACAUAAGGAAGUAGGGGUUUAUCACAGUUCUGCUAGGAAUCUCAAGUAGUCAUGCUAUGACAGGGAAUACAUUAUAUUGUAUAAUCCGUUCCUAUCUCUUCCUGCCUGUGUCUGUGCAGGUGCCGGUGAUAGCCAUAGUGGGUUCAGGGGGAGGCUUCAGGGCCAUGGUGGGGUUCUCUGGGGUGAUGAAGGCCCUGUAUGAGUCUGGGGUCCUGGACUGUGCCACCUACAUCGCUGGCCUCUCUGGAUCCACCUGGUCAGUCAUCUGUUUAUACCAUGCUCUCUUUCACAAACCCUCCCUCCCUUCCUCCCCUCCCUCCCUCCCUCCCACUCCUCUCCUACAGUAUCUACCUCUGCAUCAACAUUUGCCCAGUAUUUGUAUGGAGGACUGUAGUGCUCUCCAUGUGUGUUUUCCUGCCUCACUAUCUAUCUCCCUCCCUCUAUCUCUCCUCCCUCCCUCUAUCUCUCCUCCCUCUAUCUAUCUCCCUCCCUCUAUCUCUCCUCCCUCUAUCUCUCCUCCCUCCCUCUAUCUCCCUCACUCUAUCUCGCCUCCCUCCCUCUAUCUCAAUCCCUCUAUCUCUCUCCCUCUAUUUCCCUCCCUCUUUCUCCCUCCCUCUAUCUCUCUCCCUCUAUCUCUCUCCCUCUCUCUAUCUCUCCUCCCUCUAUUUCCCUCUCUCUAUCUCUCCUUCCUCUAUCUCCCUCUCUCUAUCUCUCCAUCCCUCUCUCCCUCCCUCUAUCUCUCUCCCUCCAUCUCUCUCCCUCUCUCUAUCUCUCCUCCCUCUAUUUCCCUCUCUCUAUCUCUCCAUCCCUCUAUCUCCCUCCAUCCCUAUCUCCAUCCCUCUAUCUCCCUCCCUCUAUCUCCCUUCUUCCCUUACUAUCUAUCUCCCACACUUCCUCCCACCUUCACUCCCUCCUCUACCUCUCCCACCCUCUAUCUCUCCCUCCCUCUACCUCUCCCUCCCUCUAUCUCUACCUCUUCCUCCCUCUCCCUCCUCCCUCCCUCCGUCACUUUCUCCCUCCCUCCCUCCCUCACUAUCUCCCCCACAGGUACAUGUCGACCCUGUUCUCCCACCCAGAGUUCCCCUCUAAGGGUCCUAAGGAGAUCAACGCAGAGCUGAUGAAGAGUGUGAGCAGUAACCCUCUGAGGCUGCUGCUGCCCCAGCACAUCACCAACUACAUCCAGGCUCUGUGGAGCAAGAAGGCCAACGGACAGCCCGUCACCUUCACAGACAUCUUCGGCAUGCUCAUCGGAGAGACACUCAUUCCUGCGGUGAGAGGACUGCAGACACCUGUUUUCAUUGUUACUGUAUUUCUCUCUCUCCGUCUUCAAGAGGCCCUGACUCCAAAAGUGUUUCUUUGUUUUUCAUCAGAGGAUGGACACAAAGCUGAGUGAGUUGCAUGAGAAGGUAAAUGAGGCCCAGUGUCCCCUCCCUCUGUUCACCUGUCUGCACGUCAAACCAGACGUGUCCGAGCUCAUGUUCGCAGGUCAGUGAGUGUGUAUGCGUUGUGUGUGUGUGUAUUACUGUAGACCACAAGCCCAGUGUGGCUACAAGGCUCUCCCCUCAGUUGUUCAAUAAAGCGUAGCAUUUCUGUGAGGAGUUAAUGCACGUAGUGUGGUUGUGUGUUCGCAGUGCUGGGCACGUAGUUUGAAUGGAUGGUCCAAGUUCUGAAAGAGCCUAUUUGGGCUGUGUGUGUGUGUGUGUGUGUGUGUGUGUGUGUGUGUGUGUCUUUAGUAGAAUGACUAUGUGUAUUCCUUUUACAUAAUAUGUUACCAGAGCUCCUAUCUCCCACAUGCAAAUAUCCGUACACUACAUUUCCUUGCAGCAUCACUAAUUUACCACAGAGUCAUAUAUAGAGAGAGUUGGGUCAAUCCGGUUUCUGUCUGAAUGUUCCCGAGAGCGGUACUUUCUUCUCCGUAGCCAUUGCUAAGUGGUAAUUGACGCUUCCGCAUUGCGCUGUUUAUUUCGGAUAGUUUUCCAAACCUAUGAAGACGUCCAGUGAAAGCAUAUAUGCAAUUUGUUGACACCACAACACAGUACAGACUUGGAUACACAUUAUAAUCAAUUAAAUACAUUGUUUUGCUUGUUUACAGAGGGUUUCAGAGGGAACUGUCGUAUUGUUACAUUACCAACAUUUGGAGAAGAAAAGGUGCUAACAUGGCGUCCGUUCUAAAACCUGGCCCAACUCUCUUAAUGCGUAUCUCUGGUUUACCACCAGCUGAUGUGUCAUGGUGGGCUGAUAUCCAAAUGGGGCUUUCAGAUAUUAAACACCAUUGAAAAGUCAUCUAUUAAUAUAGCUAUCUUGUCACGUUCGUUGAAGGACGGGUCAGACCAAGGCGCAGCGUGAAAUGCGUACAUGUUUAUUUAACCCAUAAACACACUAACAAAACAAUAAACCAACGAAACAUGAAGUCCUAAGGCUAACCACAAAACUAGCCUACUCACGGAACAAGAUCCCACAACUAACGAGUGCCAAUAGGCUGCCUAAGUAUGGUCCCCAAUCAGAGACAAUGAGCGACAGCUGCCUCUGAUCGGGAACCACACCGGCCAACAUAGAUCUACACAACAUAGAAUAUUCACACCCUGACUCAACAUAUAAGAGUCCCCUGAGUCAGGGCGUGACAUAUCUACUGUGCAUAUGACCAGUUACAUUCAUUUACAACAAAGCCAUAGUGACAUCAAAGCCUACAGCUCUGAAAACAGUCUUUGUUACUGAAAGAAAGGCAGGCACGGAUGUGAUCAAGCACAAGAGAUUGCAAAACCAAUGGUAUUGCAAAAACAAAACAAAAAACAGCAAUGUAACAACAUAUUGAUCACAGGCAUUACUGUAGGAGGGCAAUGUUAGGUAGGGGUCAAUGUGGUUGUGGUGUGGCCCCAAGCCCUGAUCUAGGAUCGGUUCCCUGUUAGGUUGACCUAGCGCGUGACUGAAUGCUGAGUUUCGGGAACUGUGACCCAAAACUUGGCCUAUAGUGUAUUUUGCAGAUUAGCUGAAAUAUAAUAUUGCUUCAGUUAGUCAAUUAUUCCCUUUUACUGUAAAUCCCCCACCUUUUAAUACUGGUUUUACAAGGAAAUACCUUCACACCCAUUCCAGAGAAAGGCUAAAUAAAACCACCUAACAUACAGGACAGUGGUAACCUUAUCCUCCUUAACCCAGUGCCAAGAAUAGGCUGAAAGGUGAUUGUUGUUCUGAGGAACUCAAAUAUAUAAUGUAUGAAACACUGUGUUGUGCCUAAUAGUACUGUAUGUAUGGGUGUUGUUGUGUCACUUUUGUUUUUUUGCACUAGCACUACACAGUUGAUUAAAAUAACCAACUCAUCAUCAAGCUUUGAUUAUUUGAAUCAGCUGUGUAGUGCUAGGGCAAAAACCAAAAGCUGCACCCAUGGGGGGCCCAGGACCGAGUUUGGGAAACCCUGACGUAGGGUACACCCUCCAGCACCUGGCUUGUACUGUUACUGUAAACCUGGGUUACCCUCUGUCCAUAUCAAACACAUAUAAGUGCAGAUUUACUGCAGAUUUGUGAAAGGGCGUACACAUUUUCCCAAUUACAUUGUACUUACCGUGUGCUCUCCUAAUGAAAGUGUUAGUUAGUUAGUUAGUUAGUUACAUACAUACACUGAUUGUAUUUUGAUUAAUGGAUGAUUGUUGUUGUUUUUUACACAGACUGGGUGGAGUUCAGCCCAUUUGAGAUUGGAAUGGCAAAGUAUGGAACGUUCAUGACCCCUGACCUUUUUGGAAGCAAGUUCUUCAUGGGAACCGCUGUGAAGCGUUAUGAGGAGAACCCACUACAUUUCCUUAUGGGUAGGAAAACACUCACACAGAAUAGCCCUGACACUUCCUCAUAGGUAGAAAAACACUGACACAGGAUAUCCUUGGCACUUCCUCAUGGCACUUCCUCAAGAGAUUCAUUAAAUGAUAAGCUAUAAACAUGAUUUUUGUGAUUCAUUACAUUAAAUUGAUGUUGUGGUUUCUCUCUCCAGGGGUGUGGGGCAGUGCUUUCUCCAUUCUCUUCAACAGAGUUCUGGGGGUGAAAGACACGGUCGGGGGGAGCACUAUGGAGGAAGAGCUUGGUAAGAAACCACACACACUUCCCUUUGAACUCUAAUCCUAACCCCAACGUUUUGUCUGAAGCCUGACCCCAAUGUCCCCAAUGAAGUCAUGCAUCCUGUGUAGAUAUAGUACCACAUCCUGGUCUCCUCCACCGUUAGUACGGCACAGACACCCAGGGCUGUAAAGUGCGACCAAUCUCUAAAGUGCGACCAAUGCAACUGAUCCCACAUGGGGCCUCAUUCUGACGUACGGGGAGAUUCUAGGAUUUGCUUGUGCAACAGGUUAUUGGGAAUGAUCAAACUGUCGCACACAACAUAUACGGUACACGUUUUCAUUGACAAAUCAGAGCCAUACUAUAUUUCUGCUCUCCUAAACGAGCGUUACAACCCCGCCUGAAAAAUGCCCUCCAUUCACCUUUUAUAGUAACAAGAACACCCUCAUUUUCUGUAUGAUUUGAGAUGUUGGAACUUGGCCAUGACAGUUUCUAAGGAAGCACAAUGGCAAAUUUGAUCACAUUUCUGUAGAGAUUUGGGCAGAAUGUUUCAAUCUUUUGCAGUGACUUUUUAAGCUAAAAAUUAAUGCCGCAUAUAGUGUGUGCCAAACACUGGUUGUGCAUUCUGCAAGAUUGAUUGUCUAUUGAACAAUUUAGAAGUUAAUGCUACCUACAGCCCACACUUCUAUGCAAAAUACAAACUGUUGUUGAAUAUUUACUUUAUCAAUAGAUGAUUGUGUUUCUAUCUCCUGCCUUGGUGUUGGCUCUGAGAUUAAAUAGGCUAUGAUGUCACGCUCCUAUCCUGCCUUGGUGUUGGCUCUGAGAUUAAAUAGGCUAUGAUGUCACGCUCCUAUCCUGCCUUGGUGUUGGCUCUGAGAUUAAAUAGGCUAUGAUGUCACGCUCCUAUCCUGCCUUGGUGUUGGCUCUGAGAUUAAAUAGGCUAUGAUGUCACGCUCCUAUCCUGCCUUGGGAUUGGCUCUGAGAUUAAAUAGGCUAUGAUGUCACGCUCCUAUCCUGCCUUGGUGUUGGCUCUGAGAUUAAAUAGAGUAUAAUGUCACGCUCCUAUCACACAGCUAUACUGUAGCCUACCCAUACUGUCAUAGGCUACCGGUCUAUUUACUUUCGAGCAUGGUUGGCUUUUGAAUAAGCGAUGGAUAAAUGGUAGCCUAAUAUUUGUUGUGUAAACCAGUCACGUCAGAAAAGGAGAGACAUGCCCUGCAAUAUGAUUAUAAUUUAGGCAUAUAUAAUAAAAGUAAAAUAAAUAUAUUUGGCGGCAUGCUGCUAUGCGAUCUUCUUACGAACUGCAAAUGGAUCUGUUUUAUCAUUAGGCCUACCAUUUCAUGUAUUUAUUAGCCUCAGUUGGUAGAGCAUGGCGCGUGCAACGCCAGGGUUGUGGGUUCGAUUCCCACGGAGGACCAGUGUGAAAAAUUUAUGCACUCACUACUGUAAGUCGCUCUGGAUAAAAGCAUCUGCUAAAUGACUAAAAUGUAAAUGUACAAAUAAUUCCUGUGUAUCAAACACCUCAAUUUCCCCCAAAAUGCAAUACAGUAGAUCAACCACUAGAAGUUGUGCAUACUCAUGGUCUGAGAUUUGCGUGGGCGUAUUUUACAUGCAUAAACCAUGUCGCGGGCCGUUCUAAAACUACUCACGGGCCACAUUUGUUUUACACCUUCUUCAGUCAUGUUUGUUACCUCAUUAGCUAGCUAGUUAACAACGUGGUAACUUUACCAGUGUAUCCAAACAUUUGGGGGCACAGAAACAAAGGAAAAGGGAUAUUUUCUUCAGGAGAUCAAUGAUCAUAGCAAUGAAUGAAUGACAGAUGACUUGCACUUGAUGCUCUUAAAGAGUCAGUGUACAAUUUUCAAUGUAAUGCAUCUCAAUAGGAAAAUAGUGCUUUUACAUAAUAUUCCACAAAUGACGUUUUAAUUUCAAUUACAGGUAUUUGUAUCAAUACUUUAGCUUUUUAUAAUAAACAAAUGUAUUUACAGGUUUACAUACUGUAUUAUGUUUCUUGGGCACAACAUGCACUACAUAUACACAAGUACAGUAUGUGGACACCUUCAAACUAGUGGAUUGGGUUAUUUCAACCACGCCCGUCACUGAUGUAUAAAAUCGAGCACACAGCCAUGCAAUCUCCAUAGACAAACAUUGGCAGUACAAUGGGGCUGUUUUUCAUGGUUCGGGCUAGGCCCUUUAGUUCCAUUGAAGGGAAAUCUUAAUGCUACAGCAUACAAUUACAUUCUAGACGAUUCUGUGUUUCUAACUUUGUGGCAACAGUUUGGGGAAGGCCCUUUCCUGUUUCAGCAUGACAAUGCCCCCGUGCACAAAGCGAGGUCCAAACAGAAAUGGUUUGUCGAGAUCGGUGUGGAAGAACUUGACGGAGCCCUGACCUCAACCCCAUCGAACACCUUUGGGAUGAAUUGGAACGCCAACUGCGAGCCAGGCCUAAUCUCUCAACAUCAGUGCCCGACCUCAGUAAUGCUCUUGUGGCUGAAUGGAAGCAAGUCCCCGCAGCAAUGCUCCAACAUCUAGUGGAAAGCCUUCCCAGAAGAGUGGAUGCUGUUAUAGCAGCAAAGGGCGGACCAACUCCAUAUUUUCUGGUGCUCCUAAAUUGUAUGUUGUGUUCCUAACUUUUUAAAGUUGGGAGCACUUAAGCUACCAUUCAAAUGUUUUAAUUAAGAGCCCUGCGUACACCUUUCUAGUAUCUACUUACAGUGCAGCUCAUACAGCAUUGUCCCAGUGACUGACACCUGGAGGCACUGACUGUGGUUACCUCAAAGGCUUAGUUCCAAGUUGAUGUGUUAGCCCAUAGUCCCCAUUCCAAUGUGUUGUGUCUGCUCUGCACAACGCAAACCAACUGCACCUCCUAUUGUAGUCUGUUUCCUAUUACGCUUGACUCUUGGUGUGAAUGCAGCUUUAUGUGACACGCGAGUGACAGCUGUACCUGAUGCCAGCUCACAUGACACCUGUCAAGCGAUUCCUAAAAUAACUUUGUCCCGGGGUUUCUCAGAUGAGGGUGUGAUUCCCUUCAAUGGAAACAAAGAUUAUGUUCAGCUUCCUGUCACUAUUUAUAAAAGCUUAUUAAUGGGCUGUUGAGGUUUGAUUUGACCUUUUAAUUCACCAACACACUCACACACAUGCCGGUAAUACAUCAACACAUACACCUACAGUACAAUGCAGUACAUACCAGCAUACAGGUUCAGUGAGCACAUAAACACCUACGCCCAUUCCAGGAAUUGACAGGUUUAUGUUAUACGAAAAUUGUUUUGUUGUGUUUGUUACGUAAGCCAUUGUUGCAAAUUAGUUUAUAAAAAGGUAGGGCCUAAACAAUUGAGAGUUUAUUGGACAGCCUAAUAUAAGCGAUAACGGAUGAUAGAGAUUAUAGAUAGAGAUUAUAGAGCGAGAGAGAGAGAGAGAGAGAGAGAGAGAGAGAGAGAGAGAGAGAGAGAGAGAAAAAAAAUAAAAUAAAAAACCGGUUAGGCCAUGAUAAGCUCUGCUUUUUUGAGAUGAUAACUGAAGACUUGUAUGUGAUUGAGGUAGAUGUCCUUUUCCCACAGAACAGAUAAAGCCUCAACACAUCGUGGGGGAGGAGAGUAUGGACAAUGACGAGGAGCCUCAGAAAGGUGAGGACUACAAUGCCCAUGAAGCACAAUCAUUAAUAGGAAAUACACAGAAACCUGAAGAAGUGUAUGGUCUGAUGGAGAAACAAAUCUCUGCAAUGCUUCAGCUUCUGUUCAAACUGCUUCUGGGGAAGUCACCGCCCCAGACGCUGCAUUUUUCACACGUUACGUCUCUUCAUUCCUUUAUUUAAUUAUAACACAUUCUUAUGUAUGGUGUUGAUGCAUCAUGCUUGAACAUAAGUUGAGGUGAGUAUAUCAGAGUUAAUUUCACCCCCUGACAAUUAAACCAAUCGUGUUGCAUCAGGUUCCCAUAGCUGUCAGUGGUUGUUCUUAGCAGACAUAGCUAGCGUGGCUGUCUCUGUGCCCACAUGAAAAAAGACUAUAGUAUACUUACUAUGUUAUAAAUACUAUAGUGAAUACUGUAGUAUUUACAGUUAACUAUAGUAUAAAUACUGUAGUAAAAGAAAACUGUAGUAUUUACUGUAGUGUUUUAGUUUGAUUAUCUUUGACAUAUAAGUGGAUUCUUUCUCCUCAGGAAACCUACUGGAGAAAUACUAAAAGAGCACAUUUUCUACAACCUGUAGGUCUGAACAGAUAGUUCAGAGCUUCUGCUCUUUUGUAUACAAUAUAUGGUCAGGGACAAAUUGCGAUAUGGGGGAGGGGAAUGGACUGGUAUAUGCAAAUUAAAUACUGUAGUAUUUACUAUUGUUAAAAAAUUAUAGUGUUUUUCCGGGCUUUAGUGUUUUUGCGGACAUUACUGUAGUAUUUACCUCAGUGCUUUUUUGUGUGGAUAAUACUGUAGUAUGUAUACUACAACAUUUUAUACUACAUAUUUAGUACUACACGUUUGAGGGAUAGUACAGUGUAGUAUAGUAUUCUACAUUAUACUACAGUUUACUAUAUAAUUCUAUAGUAAGUACUGUAGUAUGCUAUAGUAAACUGUAGUAUUUUUUAAUGUGGGUGUGGUUGGUAGAUAAUGGCUCUGAGGAUGUUUUUUGUCCCUGUUAAACCUGUUGUUGGUCAAUAAUGUGUGGGUGGUUAGCCUCUGAGGUGAUCAAUCUCUGUUUAUAGGGUGUAGAUGUUAGUGUUGUGGAGAGAGAGAGAGCGAGAGAGAGAGAGAGAGAGAGAUGAUAGAGAGAGAGAUGAUAGAGAGAGAGACAGAGAGAGAGAGAGAUUAUAGAGAGAGAUGAUAGAGAGAGAGAGAUGAUAGAGAUUAUAGAGAGAGUGAGAGAUGAUAGAGAUGAUAGAGAGAGAUGAUAGAGAGAGAGAGAGAGAAAGAGAGUGUGAGAGAGAGAGACAGAGAGAGACAGAGAGGGAGAGAGAGAGAGAGAGAGAGAGAGAGAGAGAGGGAGGGAGAGAGAGAACGAGAGCGAGAGACAGAGAGCGAGAGAGAGUGAGAGAUGAUAGAGAGGGAAAGGGAAUGGUCAUGUGUAAAUACAAAGGGCACGGGUGCACAACUCCAGUCACAACUCCAGUCCUUGUACCAUCAAACUGAAUAGACCUACUUUAUAUACUGUAUAUGAUAGUAUUAUACCUGGGUAUUCAGGUGUGUGGACCUGCCAGGGAGAAAAGUCAAGGUGUGGACUUCAGAUCAAGGACUAUGGAGCACCUCUAGCUACCAAAUAGAUACUGUAAGCCUACAAUGCCCUCUCUUUAUUAACAUUGUUCCCUUCUCUCUCCCUUGCCUCUUUUCUUUUUCUGUAUCUCUCUUCUCUCCAGGAGGCAGUGAGAACAAGGAUGAUGAGUACCACCGCACCGCCCAGAACAGCUGGGUCCAGCGAAUGAUCACCUCCCUCUUCAGCGACUCCUCCCUGUUCAACACGCGGGAGGGGCGGGCGGGGAAGGUCCAUAACUUCAUGCUGGGCCUCAACCUCAACACCAACAUGCCCUUCUCCACCUUCGGAGACUUCAUGUACCAGAACUCCUGCGCCUCCGUCGAGGAUGAGGUGGACGCUGUCACAGGUCAGAGGUCAAAUCUGGUGAUCCAGGAGUUCUAGAUGUAACACAUUCUAGAUUCUAGAUUCCAGAUAUUCCUGUAUGACAGGUCUAUGACUGUUGUUACAGUCUAAAUAAAGCAGAUAUUAGAUCCAGUAGACCUUGGCAAUAGAGCUCUUGUUGGAGCUGUGUACUAUUCAAUAGACCUACGGUGAGAGUUAUUGAAAGGUUAUGGUAGUGACUGAGUUAAGUCUGACUGCGUAAUAAAACAGCUACAAUUACAGUACAGUUACAGCACAAUAGCUUUACUAAAUGCCAGACUGUGUACAAAUGGAAAACGCUAUAGUAUGACCAUCACACACACACUUACCCAUCCACACACACAUACCCAUCCACACACACUUACCCAUCCACACACACAUACCCAUCCACACACACUUACCCAUCCACACACACAUACCCAUCCACACACACAUGCCCAUCCACACACACUUACCCAUCCACACACACAUGCCCAUCCACACACACAUACCCAUCCACACACACAUACCCAUCCACACACACAUACCCAUCCACACACACAUACCCAUCCACACACACAUAAAUUCACUCACGCAUUUCUACCGUAACACGUUCUGUAUUUAUUCUGCAUCGUAUUCCAUAACGUUCUCAGACCCCGAUGAGUUUUCUGAUAUCUAUGAGCCCCUGGACGUGAAGAGUAAGAAGAUCCAUAUAGUGGACAGUGGUCUGACCUAUAACCUCCCGUACCCCCUCAUCCUGCGGCCGCAGCGUGGCGUCGACCUCAUCAUCUCCUUCGACUUCUCAGCUCGCCCCAGCGACUCCAGCCCACCCUUCAAGGUCAUUGUGACGCCAAGCGCCACCUGCUAGUACUUCCUGGUUUUUAAGUGUUUAUUUCAUUUUAUCAUUGUAAAUUUUUUUGUGAGCAAUUUUUGUGUGAUUAUUAACGUGUUAGGAUAAAAUGUAUAAUCAUUUGACUAUGCAGUAGUAAUCAAGAGGCUAGCUUUUUGACUUGUGUUUGGUAUAUAGGAGCUUCUGCUGGCUGAGAAGUGGGCCCGGAUGAACAAACUGCCGUUCCCUAAGAUCGACCCUAAAGUGUUUGACCGCGAGGGCCUGAAAGAGUGCUACGUCUUCAGGCCAAAAAAGGGGGAACGGAACUGCCCAACUGUCAUCCAUUUUGUCCUGGUCAAUAUCAACUUCAGGACGUUCAAAGCCCCUGGUAAGUACUGUAUGUGUACUUUAUACCUGAGG